AUGCGCGUCGCAAUCGCUGGUGGCACUAGUCGGACACUAGGCUACUCGAUCGUCUCGGCUCUACUCGCCACACAAGGUCGAUAUACCCCGGUUAUCCUUUCCAGGGAAGCAUCGAUUACCAAAAAGCACAGCCAUGGUGAACACGAAGUUGAAGUACGAUACGUGGACUAUCAUUCACAUACCUCUUUGAUCGCUGCCUUAAAUGAUGUAGAUACAGUCAUCAGUGUUUUGCUCAUACCCGGCCCCGAGUGGGUAACCGUUCAGUUAAACCUGCUAUACGCAGCGGAGGCUGCCGGCUGCCAGCGCUUUGCUCCAUCUGAAUUUGCUUUCACUUCUUCAGCCAACACAAUGGUCGACGUACUUGAUGCCAAGAACGUUGUCUGGGAAGCUGUGCAAACAUUAGUGGAUGAACAUCGGAUUGAUGCUGCUCGCUUUCCAUGCGGAAUGUUUAUGAACUACCUUGGGAUGGGAUGUCCCGAUAGCGGUAGACGUGAAGAGGCCUUGGCUGGGUUCGAAGAAGGGCCGUUUCUAUUUCAUUUGGAAAAUAAUGAGUCACCUUGGAUUGAAGUCCCUCUCCGUUCUGACAAAAGCUUUCCGAGUCUUACAAUGACUGAUAUUCAUGAUAUUGGGCGUUUUAUUGUAGCCGCUUUGGACAUUACUGAACCAUGGGCUGGUCGAGAGCUAGGAAUGGCAGGUGAUACUUUGAGCUUCAAAGAUCUGAUAACCAUUUGCCAACGAUAUGUCCAGCGGCCAAUAGAUGUUCGAGCUCUUACGGAGUCUCAACUUCAGGCACGGCUAUCAACGCUUGCGCCAAACAAAAUUAUUCCCCGAAUGGAAUGUCAAUUGGCCAUCGUCUGCGCCAGGAACAGUUCUGUGGUGCCGCCCAUACUCAAUCAUUCAUGUUCAGUAAAAGCUACAACCGUGGAAGAUUACAUGCAGCGUUAUUGGGGACUCAAGAGUUUUCAGAGCUGA